AGACAAGAACGGGAGCGAGCGCCUUCCUCCCCCCACGUGACCGCACCCUUGGCGCCCCGCCCCUUUUGGCCGGGGCCUCGCGCUCGCUCCUCUCUCUCUCUCUCUCUCUUAAUAUUAAUCUCUCUCGGCUUCCAGUCUCGCGCCGGCUACGGCGAGCCGGGAAGGUCAGCAGGGGGAAAAGGGCGCUUUGCAGGGAGAAACAUCGUAAAGACAAGCUGCUGGAUUUAACCAGCUUGCUAAUAAUGACAUCUAAAUCCCAUUGAAAAUACCGGCUAAAAGCCUCAAUUGAUUUUCAUUGCUGUUGGAUUGUACCAAAAAUCUUCUGACAGCUGUGUGGCUUUUUAACAAGGUGAUUCUGGAUCUUGGACAACAUGGCAGGCCUCCUGCGUACAGUUGUUACUAGCUGCUCCAGUCCCCUUUUCAAUAAUGUGAUGUGUCACAAAGUGAAGACUGUGAAGAUGCCAUGCCUACGGACAUUUCGCACCCACCAAGUACUCUGGUGCCAAGCACCUGUCAAACCAGGUAUUCCUUAUAAGCAACUGACUGUGGGUGUUCCUAAGGAGAUAUUUCAGAAUGAGAAAAGGAUUGCCCUAUCACCAGCUGGAGUCCAAGCCUUGGUUAAACAAGGUUUUAAUGUUAUUGUGGAAUCAAGUGCAGGAGAAGCUUCCAAAUUCUCUGAUGAUCAUUAUAGAGAGGCAGGGGCACAAAUCCAAGGGACAAAGGAAGUUUUGGCUUCUGAUUUAGUUGUCAAAGUGAGGGCUCCUAUGCUUAAUCCUGCCCUUGGUGCGCAUGAGGCAGAUUUAUUUAAAUCAUCUGGUACCCUGAUUAGCUUUAUCUAUCCAGCUCAAAACCCAGACCUUCUGAAUAAGCUAUCAGAAAGAAAAACUACUGUCUUGGCUAUGGAUCAGGUUCCACGAGUGACCAUUGCUCAGGGAUAUGAUGCUCUCAGCUCUAUGGCCAACAUUGCUGGUUACAAGGCAGUUGUGCUAGCAGCCAAUCACUUUGGUCGUUUUUUCACGGGUCAAAUCACAGCAGCUGGAAAAGUCCCUCCAGCUAAGGUUCUGAUCAUUGGAGGUGGAGUUGCUGGUUUAGCAGCUGCAGGAGCAGCGAAGUCAAUGGGAGCAGUUGUUCGUGGGUUUGAUACCAGAGCUGCAGCACUGGAACAAUUCAAAUCUUUAGGAGCCGAGCCUUUGGAAGUUGACCUCAAAGAAUCUGGAGAAGGUCAGGGAGGUUAUGCAAAAGAGAUGUCCAAAGAGUUCAUUGAAGCUGAAAUGAAACUCUUUGCCAAACAGUGUCAAGAAGUUGACAUCAUUAUCACAACAGCACUCAUUCCUGGUAAAAGAGCUCCAAUCCUGUUUCGAAAAGAUAUGAUUGAACUUAUGAAGGAAGGAUCAGUUGUUGUGGAUCUAGCUGCUGAAGCUGGGGGAAACAUUGAAACUACGAAGCCAGGGGAGCUUUACAUUCACAAGGGAGUUACACAUAUAGGUUAUACAGAUCUUCCCAGCCGAAUGGCUACCCAAGCCAGCACCCUGUAUUCGAAUAACAUUACCAAGCUCCUAAAAGCCAUCAGCCCAGACAAAGAGAACUUCUACUUCAACCUAAAGGAUGAAUUUGACUACGGUACUCUGGACCAUGUUGUUAGAGGAACAGUGGUAAUGAAGGAUGGAAAUGUGAUUUUUCCAGCACCUCCUCCAAAGAGUAUCCCUCAAGCAGCACCUGUAAAACGGAAGACAGUAGCAGAGCUGGAAGCAGAGAAAGCUGCCACUGUUACACCCUUCAGAAAGACAAUGACUGCUGCCUCUGCAUACACUUCAGGGCUUGCUGCUAUGCUUGGGCUAGGUGUUGCAGCUCCAAAUUCAGCUUUCACUCAAAUGGUGACAACAUUUGGCUUGGCUGGGAUUGUUGGAUAUCACACUGUGUGGGGUGUGACUCCUGCACUCCAUUCACCACUUAUGUCUGUGACUAAUGCCAUCUCAGGGCUAACUGCAGUUGGUGGACUGGCACUGAUGGGGGGGAAAUACCUUCCUGAAAAUAUUCCUCAAAGCCUUGCGGUUCUUGCUGCUUUUGUAUCUUCUGUGAACAUUGCAGGUGGCUUCCUGGUCACACAGAGGAUGUUGGAUAUGUUCAAGCGGCCUACGGAUCCUCCCGAAUACAAUUACUUAUAUCUGCUGCCUGCUGGUGUGUUUGUAGGUGGAUAUGGAGCAGCUCUCCAAAGCGGUUAUAACAUUGAACAGAUGAUGUACCUGGGUUCAGGCCUAUGCUGUGUUGGUGCUCUGGCUGGCCUCUCCACCCAAGGAACAGCUCGGCUUGGCAAUGCUUUGGGAAUGAUAGGUGUUGCUGGGGGCUUGGCAGCUACAUUGGGAGGUCUCAAGCCACCACCUGAGCUGCUGGCACAAAUGUCAGGGGCAAUGGCCCUUGGUGGAACUAUAGGUCUGACAAUUGCCAAACGUAUCCAGAUUUCAGAUUUACCUCAGUUAGUAGCUGCAUUCCACAGCUUGGUUGGCCUUGCUGCUGUUCUCACUUGUGUUGCAGAGUACAUGAUUGAAUAUCCUCACUUCGCUACAGAUGCAGCUGCAAAUCUUACCAAGAUAGUGGCAUAUCUUGGCACAUACAUUGGAGGUGUAACAUUCAGCGGCUCUCUUGUUGCUUAUGGAAAGCUACAGGGUAUUCUAAAUUCUGCCCCGCUUCUCUUACCUGGACGGCACUUACUGAAUGCUGGUUUGCUGGCUGCCAGUAUAGGCGGAAUGGUUCCCUAUAUGAUUGCUCCUAGUUACACAACUGGGCUCACCUGUUUAGGGUCUGUAUCAGCUCUAUCUGCUGUUAUGGGUGUCACUCUCACAGCAGCCAUAGGAGGUGCUGAUAUGCCAGUUGUUAUUACUGUACUGAACAGCUACUCUGGUUGGGCUCUCUGUGCUGAAGGGUUCCUUCUCAACAACAACUUGUUAACAAUUGUGGGCGCUUUAAUUGGUUCGUCUGGUGCCAUCCUGUCAUAUAUCAUGUGUGUGGCCAUGAACCGUUCUCUUGCUAAUGUGAUCCUUGGUGGAUAUGGGACUACUUCAACAGCUGGUGGAAAGCCAAUGGAAAUUACUGGCACUCAUACUGAAGUGAACGUGGAGAGUGCAGUUGACAUGAUAAAGGAAGCCAAUAACAUCAUCAUCACUCCAGGUUAUGGGCUCUGUGCAGCAAAGGCUCAGUACCCAAUUGCUGAUUUGGUGAAAAUGUUGUGUGAACAAGGCAAGAAUGUCAGGUUUGGAAUUCAUCCUGUGGCUGGCCGUAUGCCUGGCCAACUAAAUGUGCUACUUGCAGAAGCUGGUGUACCUUAUGAUAUCGUCCUAGAAAUGGAUGAGAUUAAUGGAGACUUUCCAGAAACGGAUCUGGUCCUUGUUAUUGGAGCUAAUGACACAGUUAAUUCAGCUGCCCAAGAAGAUCCAAACUCUAUCAUUGCAGGAAUGCCUGUUCUAGAAGUCUGGAAGGCCAAGCAGGUGAUUGUUAUGAAGAGGUCUCUAGGUGUCGGAUAUGCAGCUGUGGACAAUCCCAUCUUUUACAAGCCCAACACAGCCAUGCUCCUAGGGGAUGCAAAGAAGACCUGUGAUGCCCUGCAAGCCAAAGUGAGAGAGUCCUACCAGUAAUAAAUUCCUUUUGUCGAAAGCUGUCCUUUGGCCAGUAUGAACAAAAAAAAAUGUGUUAUAUACAUCAGCAUUAAGAGUCAAGCGUUAGAACAUAGUCUUGAAUUGAUGGUCUAGAAAGAAACAUUAGGGUCCAGAAAUCCAGUGAACAUUUAUGUAAAAGUGUAACAAAACAAACCUUGAAUUGACCUCUCAUGGUGGGUGGUGGAGGCAGACAGAACCUGGAAUAUGUAUUUUUGAAAGAGAACAUUUUAGAGGAUUUUUUCCCUUUGUAGCCACACGUGUAUUACAAUGACACUCAGGAAUUUGGGGGAUCUGUCCAUUUAGCAUGAAAUGAAACAUAAGGGAAACAUGCAUACAAGCAGGGCAGCUGCUGCCAUUUUAAAAAAAUAUUUAAAGAAUACAUUCAUUGGCUUCAAUUCUUGCUGUGGUUCGCUCAUUUACUCAGUCUUGGACUCCUUACCGGAUAUUUAAAAUUUUGACUUGCUUUUUUACUUGCGACCUUUUAAACAGAUUCCACCCUCCCGAACUUUUGAAAUGUGUUUUUGAUAUGUUCAUAAAUCAACCUGUUUGAGAUGCUGGAAAUGGGCACUUCUGUCCAAUGUACUUCAGAUGCUGGAAAAAGAGAUGAAAUUCCAGACUAUCUGGAAUACUUUUUAAAAUUAAUUCAUUAUUCUAGUAAACAUUAGAAACCCAGUAAACUUCAGGAAAAGGAGAGAUUUUGGUUACUGGUCUUCCUUUUAAUUUAAUUAAGAGAAAUAUUGAAACUACAGUUUAAUGGUAAAUAGGGAUUUUUUUAAAUUGGCUUCCAGUGCAGCCUUGAUUAUGUUUAGUGCACUUGAGUGGAACUCAAUGUUUGACUAAUAAAAUGCAUUUGUCAUGUUUGCAUAAUGAUGUAGCAACCAUCCGCAGUGACAGAGGCAAAAUAAAUAGCUGUACUUGUGUUAGAAAGCCUUAACAUCUGGGCAAGACAGACUACUAUGAAGUGAGUUAAACGUAGCCCAUCUUGACUGUUAAUAAAUCCUGAUUUUUAUCAUUGUGCUUAUCAUGACCUUCUAAUUUAAUAGCAGAUGAAAAUUGUCUCCAUAUAGCUACCUCCUGUUUUUGUAUGGUGAGGGUUCCAUACAGUGAACAUCAAAAGACGGCAGCAGGAUCUGUGAGCUUCCUGGUCUACUGAACGAAUGGGACAUGCUCUUUUGCUCAUGUCCCAUUCAUUUUAGUGGGACUUCCAUAGGCAAACGUACAAGAAUGAUUGUUUUCAGUGUUUGUUUUUUAAAGAAAGCUAUCUUUUUAAAAUUACUUGUAAAAACAAGGGCCUUUUAAACAUCAAGAGGUUGUUCUGCUGCACAAGAAUACUUGAGCAACAUUCUAAUGUAACCUUUUGGGGCAGCUAUGUUUUAGUAGGAUCUGACUUUAGUUCCAUUUGCAGUGGUACCAUACAUUUCUUUCUAUACAGCUUACAUGUCAAUCUAGCCAAGAGGAGACACAUCAGCUGUGUUAAUCUUGGAUUGUGAAAUGCUGCCUUAAAGCUGUAGGGGUCAGCUUGUUUAAAAUACUUUCUUUUUAAUCUGGAUACACAAGCAGUUUGUAAGUGCACCAGAAGUAUCAUUGUUAAUGCUAGAAAUGUGUUUAUAUUAUGGGACAUGAGAGAAUUAUUUAAAAAAUGCAAAUAAAAAAGUGAACCAAA